UGGUCUCUUCAGCCCCUCUGAAACAGCAGCUUUGACCGCUGGAGGAUCAUUUCUAUCUGAGAUGUUUUUCAAUUUCAAAAGUGGCGGGGGGCGUAUGGCUCACAAUGGCGUUCCCUCUGUGUUUGUAGUGGACACCCAUGCCACCCGACCAGCUGUGCCACCUCGACUGGGCAAACAGAGGAAGCAAAGUGGGGCCAUGCAGACUCUGCUGUUCAUCCUGGUCACCCUGGCACUGCUUGGCGUGUUCUUUGAAGCUUUCUUCAUCUAUCGCCUCUACCACGCUGAAUAUGCCCCCUCAGGUUUCACCUCAAUGCAAAUCAACGGAAGCCCUCCGCCGGAUAUGACAGACCCUGAUGGUCGUCUUCAUCCAUCCAAACCGGUUGCACAUCUCACAGAUGGCCAAGACGUCCAUCACGGCCCACAUGUCAUGGCAUGGAGCGUUAUCGCAGAGCCUCUCCUCUAUGAAAUGAAAUACGAGAACAAACACCUCAUCAUCCAGAAAGAGGGAUACUACUACAUCUAUUCCAAGGUCUACUUCUCACAAGGUGGUGCUUUUUACCAUUCUGUGGAGAUGCAGACUAAAAUGUAUGCCGGAAAAGGCAUCCCCCUCUUGCAGGCCAGAGAGUAUUCAUCAAAGAAAGACAAAGAAUCCAAGAGUUAUUCCAACAGUUUCCUAGCUGGGGUGUUUUACCUGUCUCAAAAUGAUGCUAUCUAUGUAAAUGUUAGCAGCACAACACAGAUUGCCAGACACAGAUCUUAUGAGAACGUGUUUGGUGCAUAUAUGAUAUAGAUAUCAGACAGACAGGAGAUUAAAAAAGAGUUUAUAACUCUUCUCAGGGCCAUUUUUAGUUGCCUUUUUAUACCUGACCGAAAGAUUAAAGAUUCAACUGUUGUGUUGCUAAAUAUUAUUUACUAACAUAAACAAGGAUGGUGCACUUUUUUUUAUUUUACUGCUUCAAAAAAUUAUAAAUGUUAUUUAUUUAUUCCUUUCGUAUGUAACUAUGUUAACAGUGCUGUGUUUAUCCAAAAAAUAUGCAAUAAAGUCUAUAUUG